CAUUCAACAUAACCUUAAAUUCAAAACAAAAAAAAAACAAUAGUAAAUUAUUAUUUUAAAUUAUUGUUAAACACUAGUUAAAAAGCGUUAAAAUGACUCUCCAAAUCACAAAGCACCUCUGCGCAUCUUUUUAUUCUAAAAUGGCCUCACGGGGUUUGAGUUGUUCACCAGCACUCAGCCUGAAGCGCUACAGAGAGCAGCAAGGUCUUCCCAUUAAUAAAAACGUUGAAAGCGUUCUUACUGAUGGACCUGACUAUACUUUCCUGGAUGGAAGGCCUACCCCUCUUCUGCACAAACAAAAGAAGCGUUUAAUAAAACAACAAGGAUAUGCUUCUAAAAUUGUCGAGUUGAGCGCAGAACUUGACUUUGCUAUAGAAAGAGAACAGAGCAUCCAGAAAGCCAAAGAACAAGAGAGACAGAACAUCCUCGGCAACCGUUUGAAACCUAAAGGUUUGAACUUAUUGAAGAAAUCAUAAUUACAUUGUAAGUUCUUCAAACAUUAUAUUUUAUUAGCAUAGUCUGUAAAUAGAUUUGUUUUAAUU